UUGGACAAGUUUAGCACGUGAUGUUCAAAUAGUUUAUGUACGUAGGUGUGACUUGUCAGCUGAUAUAUUAUCAAGAAUUAUUAAAUUAAUAAUUCUUUUUUUAAAUUUGCUCUAUUAUUUUUGACUUUUUAUAAUAAUGGCUCUUCAUUCCGCGGGGAAAGGUAAACUUCUUGCUGUGAUAGGAGACGAGGAUACUUGUGUAGGAUUUCUCUUGGGAGGAGUUGGCGAGAUUAAUAAACAUCGUCAACCUAAUUUUAUGGUUGUAGAUAAAAAUACAGCUGUAAGUGAUAUAGAAGAUACAUUUAAACGUUUUAUUAAACGAGAUGAUAUUGAUAUUAUACUUAUCAAUCAAAAUGUUGCUGAAAUGAUCCGUCAUGUAAUUGAUAGUCACACACAACCAAUACCAUCAGUAUUAGAAAUUCCAAGUAAAGAUCAUCCAUAUGAUGCUACUAAAGAUUCUAUUUUAAGGCGUGCUAAGGGAAUGUUUAAUCCUGAAGAUAUACAUUAAU